GAUAACCAAAGCCCGCUCAAUCUUUAGUUGCCAUUUUCUGGCCCAGAGAAAGGCGCGACCUUUGGUCAGUCAGUUGAAGUUAAAUUGGUAGCCGAAGCAUUAGGGUUUUAGACUUUGGACAGGGCUCUCGGAUUUUGCAGAGCAGCAGCGGCGCCGGCGGCGACACCAGAGCUUUAAGCUUCGACCACCACAUAGCAGAGCAGCCAUGGUUCUGAAGACCGAGCUCUGUCGUUUCAGCGGCGCCAAGAUUUACCCCGGAAAGGGAAUCAGAUUCAUCCGCUCUGAUUCUCAGGUCUUCCUCUUCGCCAACUCCAAAUGCAAGAGGUACUUUCACAACCGCCUCAAGCCCUCCAAGCUCACCUGGACCGCCAUGUACCGUAAGCAACACAAGAAGGACAUUGCUGCUGAGGCUGUGAAGAAGAAGCGACGCUCAAACAAAAAGCCUUAUUCGAGGUCCAUUGUUGGUGCCACAUUGGAAGUUAUUCAGAAGCGAAGGACAGAGAAGCCCGAGGUCCGUGACGCCGCCCGUGAGGCCGCUCUCCGUGAAAUCAAGGAGAGGAUUAAGAAGACUAAGGAUGAGAAGAAGGCAAAGAAGGCUGAAUUGGUGUCCAAGUCAAAGGGUCAGUCCAAGGGCAAUGUGCCCAAGGCUGCUGCCCCCAAAGCCCCUAAGCUUGGAGGUGGUGGUGGAAAGCGAUAAGUUUUCGUCUUCCCCCCAUCCUCAAUAUUUAUUCUCCUUACCAUUUUGCCUAGACGAUCGACAUAUUUUUUUGUUUCGAUUUUAUGUAUGGAUUGAUUGGCAUUGUUGGCCACUCCAAUUUUGGAUAUUGUUGCAUUAGUGAAGGUUUAUCAUUUAUAUUUUAAUGCCCUUGAGUUCAGAAAAAAAUAUAUCUUUUAUUCACAGCUGAUAAACU